AUGAGAUUAGUAUAUUAAUACAGCUAUUGCCUUUCAGCAUACACCAUACAAAUGAAGAAGUACUCUACGAUACACAAAUAGUGUGUAUCCCUCAGCAACCAUACACUGGAGAACGGCAGUUCCUCCGCCGCAGCUGUGAGCUGUGAUUGGAUUUAGCAAGGCCAUCUUGAAAAGUGAUUGAAACUCGUAUUUUCUGGUGGAUUUAAGUAUUUCGUCUUUGCAUUUAACAAGCUUUGAUCUCAGUAUAAUAUAAUUAAAUUCAAAAUUACAGUAUGUCGACUCAUACCACACGCUUAUUGAACGGUACUACCUCAGAAGUACAUACGCAUCCUUGGAAAGCUCAUUCAUCGUCAUCAUCAUGUUCACAGACGACUCGUCAAAAUGGCGCGAAAAAUGUUGGUGCUAUGCAUUCUAUUGGAGGAAUAAAGGGAAAGACUGUCCAAGCACCAGCGUUCUCGCCUCUUUCCAGGAGGGAUAAUGCUGUCGUCGUACCUCCACCGAAAGCUGGUGCGUUUCAGGAAAAGAUUCCCCCUCCUUCUGAUUUCAGUAAAUUCUACGAUAGAGGUGACUUUCCAAUCAUGGUUGAACAUGAUACAAGUCAUAAUAAAAUAGCAUGGAAGGUUGAGAUUGAGAAGCUAGACUUUCACCAUUACCUUCCUUUAUUCUUCGAUGGUUUAUCAGAAACACGUCAUCCAUAUAGCUUCUUCGCUCGUCAAGGAGUACAUGAUAUGUUAACACAUGGCGGUCAUAAGGUACCACCAGUCAUCCCACAGCUCAUCCUACCUAUUAAAACAGCUCUUCAGACGCGGAAUGCUGAUGUAAUCUGUGCUACGAUGCGUUUACUUCAAACCCUUGUAACAUGUUAUAUGAACGGUGGUAAGCAGACAUUGAUUGGUGAAGCAUUGGUACCUUAUUAUCGACAGAUAUUACCCAUUAUGAACAUUUUUAAAAAUAAAAAUAAGAAUAUUGGUGAUGGUAUUGAGUAUGACCAAUGGAAAGGUCAGAAUGUAGGUGACCUAGUCAAUGAAACACUUCAGGUAUUAGAACGUUAUGGAGGACCUGAUGCAUUUAUUAAUAUCAAGUAUAUGGUGCCAACAUAUGAAUCUUGUAUUAUGAAUUAAGAAAUACAUUUGUCAAUAAUAUGAUAUUGAUGUACGGUGCACAUGUGGUUGAUUUAACGAUGCAAUCUUUCACGUUAGACAUGCUAAAGAUCUAUAGUCAAGCCAACAUGAGGUUAUGUGAGGUUCAUCUCUUUAAGUGGAAAAAAAAAGAAGGGGAGAUCGGGGACAAUCGUAACAAAAUUUACUAAAUUUGAAUUAUCAAAUGACAGCU